AAACAAUUCUAAUCACAUGCAACAAAGAACUGGUGUUAAUGUGUUAAUAGUUUCUGUUGGUUGUGGUAACUCAUUAUCUCAAUUUAAUUUUAUCCUCAAAGACUACGUCAUGCUACUCUACUACACGUGUACGUAAUAAGUGUAAGUGUUUACUAUCGAAGCUAAUGAGUAUAUCAGUAUUAGCAGCGCUCCAAAAGUAACUUAGUGCAUUAACAGUAACUCGGCGUGUAAAUACAUACAUUCUUAUAAGUUUUACCGACAUGUCACUGUUUAUUUUUUUAAAUCUGUUAAUUCUUAUCGGAACACGCGUAAGAACGAUACUGAUAAGCGAAGCCUGCUUGAGCGAGGGGAGUUACUGCUUGCAGGGGAGCGAAUGUUGUUCGAAAAAAUGUGAAUAUUUAACAGAAAAUUACUUUCGUACUUGUAUUUUGGAACAAAAGGAAGAAUACACCAGCAAUAUAAUUCAAACUACGACUUCAUUUAGCGUUGAAGAGCCAUCAUUUUGUUUAAAAUAUGGUCAGUGUGAGAAAGAUAAAGAUUGUUGUUCCAAAGAAUGUGUCAUAUCACAAAAUGGCACUGAGUUUAAUCAAUGCAAGGAAAUUCAUCGAAGGAGGAAACAUCAACAAUCUUGAUUUAAAGAUUUCAAAGAACUGUUUAUAAAUAAAAUUUUCUAUUAAUAAAAAAAAAUAAAUUUAAUACGACCUGGUUA